GUGUGAGUGACGGUAAGAAACAACACUUUGUGGCACAAAGUACGUAUGCUCUAUAUACACAGUAAACUAACAGUGAUCGGACACCGACUCGACGAUCCUUCCUCCCCGGGAUGACGGGAAAUCGGCCAGAAGUUGGGCAACCGCCUUAAAUGGAUUGUGUUGGGCAAAUAAAGCUGCAGAUCAUGGGCCACCAUGCGUCGGUCCUCUGGGUUUUUCUGUUCUGUACUUCACUCCUGCAGACUCUUGAUCCUUUUGUUCUCGACUGAGAUACCUGCAUAUACUCCAUCUGCUGUCAAAUAGAUAAGCACCCCACCAUCAUGCCUGUGAUCUCGCGUAUUGUGUCGGUCGUGCUCCGCGUGGCUGAGAUUUUCUUCGGUGCUAUCGUUGCCGGUAUCAUCGGUCACUACCUCGACAAGCUCGACAACAUCGAUCCCUGGCCCCAGGCGAGAUGGAUUUACACUGAAGUCGUCGCCGGUGUAUCGAUACUGCUGGCUCUGCUCUGGCUGAUUCCUUGCUCGUUUGGCUUCUUCUUGUUCCCAAUUGACAUUAUCCUCUCCCUCGCCUGGUUCGCUGCUUUCGGUAUCCUCGUCGACGCCAUUCAUAAGCUCAACUGCGGAAGCAUCUGGCACUGGAACAACUUCUUGAGUGGUGAUACUUGCGGUCGCUGGAAGGCUGCUGAGGCUUUUGCUUUCAUCUCCGCCAUUGUUUGGCUCGCUUCUGGCAUCGUGGGCGUCUGGUUCACUUUCCGCAAGGAUGGCUCCACCGGUCGUCGCCGCUGGAACCGCUCUGCUGUCUAAGCACAAUGCUGUGUCUGCAAUCGCAGAUUUCGGUUCUAUGCCUAGUGAGCGUGAAUCGACGGAUAAAGACCGAACAUACCCAACAACGGUGCAACGGUUCUAUUGGACCUGUGUUCCUAAUAUCUUGAUAUAAUUUGCAGCCAUAUUCGCCUACCCUUGCAGCUCAAUCGGUGGAACUGUGUUGGAUUGGCGAUGGCUGAUAUUGAUGAAUUUAUGUUGAUACCCCUGUGGCAUGCUGAUGAUGAUGAUUCGUGGCAUGUAGGUGGCAGCUAUUGUCGCUCGUUAUGUUGAUGUUAGAUCUAAUCUUAAUAUGAUAUUGCAUCCCUAU